UGGUGCGUACUACACAGGUCGAUCUUUUGAACAUAACAUUCGAUCGAAGGGUGAUAAAAACGAUAAACACAAAUGAAAAUGACGGAAGUUCCAAGUAAAGUCCCAAAAUUAAAUAAUUCUGAUAAAGAAGAUGGACUAGAGAGUGAGCAUCAAGAUAUAGUGCAACAAAUAGAUGGCGUACAGAAUCAAAUAGAUGGUUUAAAUGAACAAGCUUCAGAAGAAAUACUACAAGUUGAGCAAAAAUAUAAUAGUAUGAGGAAGCCAUUCUUUGGAAAAAGAGCAGAGUUAAUAAAAAAGAUUCCAAAAUUUUGGGUGACAGUCUUUGUAAAUCAUCCACAGAUAUCUGCAUUACUUGAUGAAGAAGAUGAAGAAGCACUACACUAUCUUUCUUCUGUGGAAGUUGAAGAAUUUGAAGAUAUUAAAUCAGGAUAUAGAAUAAAAUUUCAUUUUUCAGAAAACCCCUACUUUAGUAACGAAUUAAUUUGCAAAGAAUUUAUGUUAAGUGAUAGUGGUGAACAGACUUGUAAAUCUACAGAAAUUGAAUGGAAAGAAAAUAUGGAUUUAACAAAAAGACAAUCAGAAGAUUCACUAAAGCCUGGUCAAAAACGUCAGCAUGAGGAGCCUGAAAGUUUCUUUUCAUGGUUUAACGAUCAAUCAGAAGGUGGCACUGAUGAAGUAGGAGAGCUAAUAAAAGAUGAUGUCUGGCCGAAUCCAUUACAGUAUUUCUUAGGCGGUGGAAAUGACACAGAGGACAAUGAUGAUGAUGAUGAAAAUGUUGUUUUGAUUGAAGAUGAGGAGGAAGAAGAGGAUGAAGAUGAGGAACCCGAUGAGGGUGAUUUUGAAGGUGAGGAAGACGAGGAGGAUUUUGAAGAUGAGGAAGAGGGCGAAGAAGAUGAUGAAGAAUUAGCUCAGGAUUUAGAAGGUGACGAAGAUGAAAAUUCCACUGAUAAGUGAAAAAAGCCUGGUUCACCUAAUCAAAGCCAUCAACAAAAAAACUGAAGGAGCUAUUCCUGCCAUACUAACUAGUUUUAAUAGACAGUAUGAAGCAAAACUUCGUUAAACCAGACGGAGACAUAGUGGACAUAUUUUUCUAUUGUCUGGAAAUAUUGUGAAGCGUUUGUGAAGAACAGAGAGUUUUAUCAUUGUUUUUAGAGCAUGAUUUUUUAAAUUCGAGCUGAAAUUUUAUUGACCUCGGCAAUUUGCUAAAUUAUUUUACUUCUCUUUUGAUUGCCCCUCUCUUUUGUGAAUAGUCUGCUUUUUACACCUCACAAGGCCUCUUGUUCGAUCAGUAUGCUUUUGGCGUGCAUGCGCAUUUAGAUAGGUAUUUGUAAAUUAUUUGAACAACACCUUUCAUUUAAAAA